AUGAACUUUCGUAUCCUUCGUAAGGCUAGGGUUCUACGAGACCUAAAAACCCGGGAGACGGUCGCGGCUGCAGAGCUAAUUCGACAAGCCUAUCGUUAUAUUACUCGUAACGAACAAAUUAAUCAAAAGGUUCGUCAGCAAGCUCAACUUAUGCUUAAUUCGUUUCCACGUCGUGCUCGGCCUACCAGUAUCAAGAAUAGGUGCGUGGAAACAGGGCGUGGCCGAGCCGUAUUUCGCGAUUCAAGACUUUGUCGUUAUCAGUUCAGGUUAAAGGCUUUGGCAGGUGAAAUUCCGGGGGUCAAGAAGGCUAUUUGGUAG